UCACCCACACAAAAUCACUUUCGUAAUAACACAGUGGAAAGGUACUGUACAGUCACUGGCCGGUCUCGUGUUAUCUAACACAAGCUACAGUCCAUGGUUUAUCUGUCGUCACUCACGCCUGGCCAUCGGUCAAUGAGAUGCCAAAGUCAAGAGCAUCACACCACCAUGUAUAACAAGAUAUAAACGGUUGACAGGACAGAAUGAGUUCAACCACGACGGCUCGCCUCUAGAUACAGUUAGGUUGGCAUCUGUAAAACCCUUGACGAUUGGAUUCCCAACAAUGCAGUUCAUGCUGGAGACAAUGUAUGUCGCUACCGUCGGCGUGAUCGCCCUUUUCGUCUUCGUGGUAUGGUACUACCGCCGCAACAAGCACACACUUCCAGACCUGUAUUAUCUUGACUCGGACCUCCAUCGACACAUCAUCGGAACCAAGCCUGGUUUUACCUCCCCUUACAGGCCGCCAUUUUGGCUGCAGAACAACCAUCUACAUACUUUCGUUGCAGCCUUGAUUCCAAAAGUAAAACUUUGUUUCAAGCGGGAGUACAUCAAUCUGGACGAUGGCGGCGCUGUUGCCUUGGACUGGGUACAAGACAAACUUGACUCUCUUACCGAUACAAGUCCGAUUUUCUUAGUGUUGCCGAGUCUAUCGGCGUCCGCGGAUGAUAUGGCCGAACUCUGCGACACUGCGUCGAAGCGAGGUUACCGAGUUGUAGUGUUUAACAAACGUGGACACGGGGAUUCCGUAUUGGCGACGCCAAAACUGCAAGGGUUUGGUGAUGCGAAGGAUAUGAGACGCUGUGUGGAGUAUUUGCACGACGAACACCCCGCAGCAAAAAUUGUCGCUGUUGGCUCCAGUGCAGGGUCGGGACUUUUGAUGUCUUAUCUCAGUGAAUACGGAGCUGACUGUAUCCUAGCAACAGCGGUAUGUCUAUGCCCAGGGUAUGACUCAUUAGACGUGUUUACUAAGCCUAUGAAUAAUGUCUAUGAAUAUAUUCUACUUUCGUCCUUGAAGAAAAUUCUGAAGAAACAUACCAAGAUGCUGUGUCAGUUAAUUGACUUGAGAGCGGCGUUCAGAGCGACAAAUUUUAAGGAAUUUGACAAACAGGUCUACUGUAAAUUCUACGGUUACAAAGACAGUCUUGAGUAUUGGCAGCGUCAGAACCCGAUGAGAAAUAUCGAUAAUGUAUCGCCUCCCAUCAUGUGUGUUACCAGCUUGGAUGAUCCCAUAUUCAUGGCCAGAUAUGUACCAUUCAACAUUUUUCGAGAGAAUUCGAAUUGGUUGCUAGUGACUACAAACAAGGGAGGUCACUGUGGUUUCAUUGAAGAAUCGACACUGAAAUCUUGGUCUGAUAGACUAGCACUUGACUAUAUCGACGCUGUGUUAGAAUUCCAAGCUCAUAAAUAGAUUCACGUCAAAUGGAUUUCAGCUAUGUGGCUUAUGGACACCACAAGUUUCUUUUAACCUCCGACAAAAGGCCACCCGCUAUUUAAAGGGGCAUAUUAUGUGUGUCUGGUAACUGUAAUAUGGGUACUAUAAUGUGUAACCAUAAAGUCUUAGAUUGAGAAACAACUUACAAACUUAGUUUCCAGCGAUGAUGGCGCGCAUUCAACUUGCAUUCAACGUGUAAUCCCCUUCCCACUUGUUAUGGUAAAUUGCGUGAGUGAGUGAGUGUAGUUUUACACCAGUUUUACCAAUAUUCCGCAAUAUCAAGGCGGGGGACACCAGAAAUGGGAUUCACACAUUGUACCCAUGUGGGGAAUCGAACCCAGGUCAUCGUCGUGACGAGCGAACACUUUAACCACUAGGCUACCCCACUGGUACUGUACUGGUACAAACUAUGUGUCAUAGGCAAAUCUCUUGCAUAUACUGAACAAACCAGUUGUGGCAAGUCAUGGGUAUUACUUAUCGUGGACACACGCAGUGUCAGUUUAACCCGGGAUCGAGUGGUCAGGCUCGCUGACUUGCAAAUGGUUGACACAUGUCAUCUUAUCCCAAAUUGCGUAGAUCGAUGUUUAUGAUGUUGAUCACUAGAUAUUUCUAGUCCAGACUCGAUUAUUUACAGACCGCCGCCAUAUGGCUGGAAUAUUGCUGUUUGCGGCGUAAAACAACAAAACAACCAAAUCAGUGUAACCUCUAUAUGUAACAAUAAAGGACUUCUUGAGAAGC